GUCAAGGCAGCCUGAGCUCGGCAGGCAGGCGGAAAGUGGUUGCAGUGUCCUGGCACUAAAUCUGUCCUAAAACGUUCACACAAACUGUCCCGGAAAGUUAGACUGUGUAACCGAAAGGACUCCUGCCCACAGAUGUGAUGUCUGACAGACCCUGCACCUGCUCAUCAGAGCAAAAACUACAACAGCUUUGGCAUCUUAAGGAAGGACAGCAUGUGAGCUAAGAGACGAGAAUAUUCUAGACUGAGAGGGAUGAGACGGGACGAGAAAACCAGAACCGUUGGAUGAGAACUAAUGGGCUGUCUGAGCUGGAGACAGCAUGCCAACUGCAAAAGGUAAAGGUGGUUCAACGUCCCACCGCUACCGACCAGCCUCGGAGUACGACGAUGCCACGCUCGCCCAGAAGAGAGAAUACUGGAGGACAAAGAAGCGGGAGCAGAGGGCUCGAUUAUCGGAGCGGAGAAGAAGGCCAACGCAAGUUGAAAAGCUCAUCCAUCCAAACUGCUCCGGCUCCUUUCUCGCUAUCUCUUCUUUGGAUGAAUCAUGUGGAAACACAGCAGAGGCCGGCUCGGUUCGAGCUACCGACGGCCCAAAGGAGAAGUGGCUCCAGACAAUGGAUCUCAACAAGGCCUCUCCUCAGGUUCCAGUUUCAUAUUCAGUCUCAGUAAGAGCCGCUGGGGGCGACACCACCACAGUGAAAUGCCCGCCAGCAAGGGGAGCUGGGAUCCGAGUUGUUACCUCACCCACAGCCGGUGUAACCCAGCUGAACACUUCCUCAGUGCCUCCAUCCAGAGUGACCAGAAUCACCAACGGCAGCUCCACAAAAACCUGUCAGCCAUGUGUGUCUAUGCAGGGAGCAUUCGUCCCCAAAACACAAACCAAGGCACAAGUUGAGUCCCGCAUUCAACCCAAACCCUCACCGUUAAAUGUGACUACAGGUCGGACUUUAGCUCCAUGUCCUUUGAUGACGAAUACAAAACCUCUAAGAGGAACGAACAGUGCCUUGGUCACCUCACAGAGGGCUAAAGGUGUUUUCAACACCAGACAAACUUCCUCUGAGACAGAAGAGGAGAAAGCAGCCAAACGAAGAGAGAACUGGCGGAUCAAGAAGAGGGAGCAGCGAGCAAAGGUGGCAGCUCGGUUGGCCAAAGCUAGAGAGAGGACACCGUGCACCGAGGUGACGUUACAGCGGCAAACAGCACAAAAAACACAACCUGUGGGCGCCACAGGCCUUCAGUAUGUCCAAACCCGGACGCUCUCGAGAAGAGUUGUCCCAAAUCAGAGUCAUGCUCACAUCAGUGCACCUUUGACAUCUGUAAAAAAAGAAAAUAAUAAACUGCAAAGUGGUGCAGAGAGUUUAACCACAAUAAACCUGCAAGGAGAUCAGGUAAAAGUCCAUAAUCCACCAGUGAUUGAACCUGAAGGAAUCCCUGCAAGAAAGUUUCCGAGUCAUGUGCAUCUUUUUAAUGUUUCUCGAGGGAUUGCUCGAUGUAAAACACCCCGACAGAGAUUCAAUGACGCCCAAAAGACUUUCAUGAUUCAAAGAAACAUAAGAUGCAAAUCCCCGAUGCUUGCUUCUUUCUUGGGUACCAGAAAUAUCCCCAAGAUAGACCCCAAUGAUACACCAGAGCAGAUCAUCGCCAAACGGAGAGAGUACUGGCGGAUUAAGAAACGUGAGCAGCGAGCAAAGCUGUCGAUGGAAAUGAAGGCUCGUCUGAAGGAAAAGGACUGCGUCAUGAGAAGAGUCAAACGCUACCAGAAGAUCCUAGAAGACAUGAGACGGGCAAGAGCCCAAGCAGCAGGAGGAAAUACCAUGACCGACGCUUCGGAGACCAUCGGAGGGUUCAUUAAGGAGGACGGGACAGUGACCAUCAACAUUCCAACAAAUCACAGCACGGCGGACGCACGCAAACAGCAAGAGCAACUUCUAGUUACUAAACCCGUCCUGAAACCUCAGAAUCAAACAGAGACCAAACGGAGAGUUAUUGCACCCAUCCGUGUGAAUCCACCUCAAGUAAGAGUUUCUUUUCCUCUCUCUGGAGUCAACAAAACUCAAAGACUGAUGUCAGUCAGACCAAGGACUGAAAGCACAAGUGUUCCAAUCCAGACAGCAGGCCAGCUCAAACUCACUCAUCCUCAGAUUCCUAAAAAUGCUGGAGGAUCGAAAGCCGGGUCGAAUCUUGGCGGAUGUGUCAUGAAAAUGGCAGUGACGUCCCUCUCUGCUGCCUGUCAGGAUCCGGAGCUGACAGAAGAGGAGAGGAUGGCGAAGAAGAGGGAGUACUGGAGGGUAAAGAAGAGGGAGCAGCGAGCAGCUCGGGCGGCCCGACUGAAGCAAGGACUCCUACAAGCCAGGGCCUUACAGAGGAGGAAGAUCCAGAAGCAGGUAAACCCAGAACCACCAAACAGAAGCCUAAUGAGCAAAACAGAAGAACCUCUCCCUGGCAACAGCAUCCCCAGUACACCAAAUUUAAGUGGGAUAAAACAAGAGGCAGCAGUUGACCUAAAUUCCCAACCAGAACAAGCCAUCUGUCCAGACAUCAAACCCCCAUCCUCCCCAUCGCCCCCUCCAGCGCCGCAGCAAGAGCCUGACCCAGCUCUGAUUGCAGACAGCCAGGCGACCACACUGCUCGCCGUAGCAUCUAUGAAGAAACUCCUUGAAGAGUCUCUGAGCUCAGUGACAGAGUGUAAAAGGGAACAGAGUGAAGUUAAAGUAGAGGGUGAGGAUGAGGAGUCAGAGACUAAGUCCAAUCUGACCUUUUUAGAGAAGGAUCUAGUGGCUCCAAUUUCUGCUGAUCUGACCCUAGAAAUCAAAAGCUGGCAGUCCAGUACGGAUGUGUUGGUCCAAGCACAAUCCCCCAGUCUUAAUCUGAAAAACUCACCUCAAACAAGCGAGACUUCACCACCAAAUCCUGUUCCAAAUUCAACCUGUGAGAGCUCAUCCCAAACCCUUUCAAACUUCAUUGUAAACCCAUCAAUGGACGCCUCCAACAUUCCUUCCUCGCCCCGCAGAACUCAAAGAAUCUGCACCAAAAAGGUUGUCCAUCAGAAUUGUUGUUCUCCAGAGCCACCGAAGCUUCACCACCUCCCUUUAAAUCAACCAGAGCAACAAACAUGUGCAGUACCAGAAUCGAAUCAAAACAACAACGUACGGACAACGCAGAGGACCCGCGAUGUGGUGACAGCUUACGGCGGUCUGAGCAGCCUCCAGAGGAAGAGGGAGUACUGGAAGCUGAUGAAGAGGCAGCAGAGAGCUCGGUUGAAGGCCAGGCAGAAGGACAGAGCAGGAGAGUCCAGCAGUCGGAUUCCCCAGAGGAACAAAGAGGCUCCAGGUGCGGUCAUCGUCAACUCCUUUAAAGGUCUAAAUCCUCCUGGUAAACCUGCUGCCGCUUCCCUGACUGCAGUGAGCAAUAUCCCUGCGGUCCUGGUGGUCAGCCCUGUGGUGUGUAAUUCUGAGCGCUCACCAGACACACUGCAGGUCAAACUACCCGUUAACAGAGCGUCAUGUUCUGAGCAGAGACCCCUCAGACCCUCGCCGAUCAGCCCGGAGGAUGACAAACAAACCAGAGAGUGGAUCUGCAGGAGCACAGAUGUGGACUCGUCGCCCACCCUCCCCACCCUCAAGCCCCCUGAAAACCCACUCACCAGCAUCAACCUGCAGCCCAUCGAACCCCCUCCUCAGACACCAGUGCCGACCCUCAGCCCCAUAAAAAUCCCCUCGGCACACCUCCAGACCCCCCCACAGAUGACAAACAAGCUGUCCCCCAUCAGUACCUUGGUACCUCCGAAGCCGAUCCCUGGGGAGUCUGAUGAGGAUUUCCUGAGGAGGAAGAGGGAGUACUGGAGGAUCAAGAAGAAGGAGCAGAGGGCCAGGAAGGCCAUCAUAGAGAAACGAGACCCUUUCACAUCCAGAUCCAGAUCAACCAACAGCUGGAGACCUAUCCUACCUGCCCAGGAGCUGAACACACAGGACUCCAGUGAAUGGGUGAACCCCGAGGAGACCCAACAUCUACUGAGCACGUCUGUUGAAGCUGAUGCUUCAUCUUUCUCAUACCCAAACUUCACAGCACCUAUAGAAGAUGAGUCUGAGUUGGCAUUCAUGGACUACGAGAGCAGCGUAGAGGACAUCCCGGUGUCGGAUACUGUAUGGAGGAACAGAUACCUGAUGGACUAUGACCCUCUCAACCAGCUGUUGGUCUGUAUGGUCUGUGGGGAGCAGCAGUACUCCCACUGUGUGGAGGGGGUGAGAGCUCACAUUGACGAGGCCCACCCCGACACCCUGAACCUGGACCCUGCCGAGCACCAGAGGAUCCUGGAGGCGUGGGAUGAACAAGUGUCCCAACGUGAACGCUUCUUCACCAGCCAGCUGCAGAGGAACAGCGAGGCCACAACAGAGACCCACAACAGCUGAACAUCAGGAGACAAUGUAAGAGCAACCUUAAGACCACAGACCAGGAGACAAACCACAGGCUUUAUUUGUCUUAUUUAUUCUUUCCUUAUUUAAUUUAUAAUGGACUAGGUGACAUUUAAUAAAAGAGAAUGCUGUAUGGGGAACAGUCACCCCAAAGAGCUGCUUUACCUCAUUAUCUUACCCGGGCUGUUACGUGCAUUCACAAAAGACAUCAUUGACUCUAACAUGACUGAUGUUAUCUUAACUAAGUAUUUUAUUUCAAAAAAUUUAAAGUCCAACAAGCCUAAAAGCUUUAAAGCUCAGCCAGUUAAACAAAAAAUAUCAUGGUUUCACUAAUAAAGAGGGUGUACCAGGCAGUUUAACAUCCCUGAUUUAGUUUCUGGGCUGUGAUUUAAAGCUUUGUUUUUUUUGGCUGUUACUGUCUUGUUUUUUCCCUUAUUUGCUUGAAAGAGUGGAACUUUUGAGGAACCAAGGGUUAAAUUAAGACCUAGAGCUGCUUGCAUCAGCCUGAUAAGAGAAGAUAAGACCUUUUAAAAACUUUAUAGCCAUUUUUUGUGACCGAGUUGUCUGGAUCUGUAUAAAGUUUUCUUGCUCUGCUGGUACGUUGCAUUCAGGUCUGCACUGCAAAUACUUGCAACUAUGAGUUUGAUUUUUGGUCCGUUGAAUUUAUUAUAAGCCAUGUUCAUGAUGUUCAAGUCUUACUAAACCUUUUUUUUCAAUGUAUAAAACACAAAAAUGAAGGGCUGAAUUGCUUUAACUUACAAAACUAUCUGCUGGUUGGGCAAUUACUUGUAAACUUUUGACCAAACUGGUAGAUAUUUCACCUUCCCUCAACAUUCUAGGUAUUAUUUUUCACUUUCUAUACCUCUGUGCUGCUGAUAACCAAAACCGGGGACAGUAUGUCUUUUGUUUUAAAAGUAAUUACAUGAAUGGUGGCUCACUUCACUGUUAGCUUUAGCUAAAGCUAACAUAGCUCUGUAGCUGCAUAGUUAACAUUACUGCGUAACACAUUAGACAGGGUAGCUAAAUGAGCUUUAGCUAAUGCUAACUAAGUUAAAGAAAGCCACUUCAUCAUUAUCAUCAUCAUCAUCAUCUUUAUUAGCAGACAUAGAAGUCAAUUAAAAAAAAAAACAGCAAAUACAUUAAAAAACAGGAUUAAAAACAAUAUUUAAAAAAAAAUCAAUGGACAAACAAAAUACCUCCCUAUUUAUAAGACACCCAUACCAGUGUCUCCACAAGGAUGACUGGUAUCACAACACUAUGACUGGGAUUAGUCAAUACCACUGUUCACUUAACUACUUUUUACAUGGGUCUAGCUUUAGAAAACAAAGCACAAUCUAACCUGGCUAACGUAGCUUCAUUUGCUUUAGUUUUAGUUAUGUUACGUAAGUAACUUACAUUGAAAACAGCUUUGUUAGAUUAGCCUCAGCUAUGUAGAUACAUUACCUAUAUGGCUAAUGUAGCCUUUUUUGGCUUUAAUGCAGCUACAUGACUUUGUUAGCUUUAGCCUAACUUACAUAGCUUAUAAUCUACUUAGCUGAUGUAGCUUUGUUAGCUUUAGAUUUAGCCAUGUCGCUAUGGUAUCUACGUUGUUAAUGUAUUUUGUUAGCCUUAGAUUUAGUUAGUAGCUAUGUUAUCUAUAAGCUAACUUGGCUUUGUUGGCUUUAGAUUUAGCCACAUAGUUAUGUUAUCUACUCAGCAAACAUAGUUGUGUUAGCUUUAGGAAUA